UGCUUCACCACUGGGAAAGGAGGAGGGGGAGAGACUAUGGCAGAGCCGGGCUUUGAGGAUUUACAGCUGAGCCAGAAUCUACCCCUCAGCCAGGAUUCAUUUAAAGAGCUGUGGGACAAGAUUAUACCCAGUACAGCAGGUCAUGAAGAAACCUGGAGGUCAGAUGGCACCAUGGAGAUGCUUCAGCUCAUCACUGACCACCAAUUGGCCGAAAACUUUGAUGAAAAUCUCUUUGAGCUUCCAAAUGACAUUUUACAUAAAGAUGGCAUUACACCCCCGGCCUCCACCGUACCGGUUACAACUGAUUAUCCUGGCGAAUGUGGGUUUCAGCUGAGAUUUCAAAAGUCUGGAACAGCAAAAUCAGUGACUUCAACUUACUCAGAGGUGCUCAACAAACUGUACUGUCAGCUGGCAAAGACCAGUCCCAUUGAGGUGCUGGUGAGCAAGGAGCCUCCUCAGGGUGCUGUACUCAGGGCCACCGCCGUGUACAAGAAGACGGAGCAUGUGGCUGAUGUUGUUCGCAGAUGUCCCCAUCACCAGAACGCGGACUCUGCGGAGCAUCGCAGCCAUCUGAUCAGAGUGGAGGGCAAUCAGAGGGCUCAGUAUUUUGAAGAUCGACACACAAAGAGACACAGUGUGACUGUACCAUAUGAGCCCCCACAGUUGGGCUCAGAGAUGACCACCAUCCUGCUGAGCUUCAUGUGCAACAGCUCCUGCAUGGGCGGGAUGAACCGCAGACCUAUCCUCACCAUCCUGACCCUGGAGAGUCCAGAGGGGCUGGUUUUGGGCCGGAGGUGCUUCGAGGUGCGCGUCUGUGCUUGUCCAGGCAGGGACCGUAAAACUGAGGAGGACAAUAAACAGAAGAAGGAGAGCGGCACCAAAGAGAUGAAAAAACGAAAGAGUGCUCCACCUCCUGACACGUCCACAAAGAAGUCCAAAUGUACCUCCAGUGCUGAGGAGGAAGACAAGGAGGUUUUUCUCCUCCCUGUUCGUGGGCGUGAGCGUUAUGAGAUGUUGAAGAAGAUCAAUGACGGUUUGGAGCUGCUUGACAAGGACAGCAAAAGCAAGUCAAAGGUCUCAGUGAAGCAUGAGGUUCCCGUGCCCUCCAGUGGAAAGAGGCUGCUGCAGAGAGGAGAGAGGAGUGACAGCGACUAAGAUGCCCGUCACCUUCAUUUUGAAAACAAACGUCACGUCUUUGUCUGAGCCUUCAGGUCUAUUUCAGGUUUUAAAUGCCCAUUUAAAAACCAAAAUGCCAUCCUGCCUCAGUUAAAAAGGUUCUUAAAACUGUACUGCCUGUACUCAGUCACUGUACACUGACAUACUGUUGUGUUCAGUUAUGUUUUUCUUUUUUUUUUUUUUUAAAAAUGUUUUUGAGAAAAACCUGUGUUCUUAAUUGGGUUGGAGCCGUUCAACAUGGUUUGAGUGAGAUUAUGAACGAUCCUUGUCAUAACGAGUCACUGCCGUUUAUUUAAAUAAAGUUCAAAGCUAGGCUUGGAAAACUUGAAUGGAAUUUGCUCCUGAUGUUGCUGUAUUACUGUGCUACAGUCCUGUUGCACCAUAUAAUUUUUAAACAGAUAUCUAGUUUGCAUGAUUGUCUGGGAAAUGCAACCACCUCUGCCCAACCUUGAUUCAUAUGCAAUGUGUAAUCAUGUCUGCAGUGUAAAACAGAACUAACCCAUAGUAUUAACUGAUCAUUCUUUAGUGGGGCUUUUUUUUUUUUUUUUUUUUUUUUCUAAAUGCGGAUGUAUCAGUUUUCACUGUCACCAUUUUUUGUUUGCCUGUUGUGGGGAACAUUUUUAUUUUUUAUUAUCAGUUAGAUUUGGUAGAUGAGGGGCUGGCUGGAUCAUCCCCUGAACUAACAGUCUUUUAGUGUAGAUUUUAUUACAGGAGAAAAAAUAAGUGUCUGAUUUGUAAAAGUUAGUGUUACUUGAGUAGUCGCACACAGUAAACAGAUGCAAUGACAACAAAACCUUUUUUUCUUCCCCUUUUGGACCUUUUUCAUAAAAAGUAAAUGUGAGCUGUCAUGUUGAUGUCCCCGCUGACCAAACCGUUUUUACACUGCCAACAAAAUGUGUUAAAAGGCAUUCCUUAUUAUUUUUGAUUAGUUUGGGAAAAUAGUUUUGUAUAAGAGGGUUUCUCUAUAUUUUUCUGUUGUUUUUCACUUUUGUAUUGUACUAAUUACUUUUUGUGUAACUUUAAGCUUUAACGUGAAAUAAAUGCGAUAAGGAUCA